GGGUUUGAUAUAUAAUUAGCCAAUAAUCAACUUAAUGAUUUCGCAAUCAAAUGGAUCCCCCUUUAGAUUUUUUCCAUUCAAAUCUUACACAAAUCUCUCAUACAAAUCAAGUAUUAUAUAGCAAAACUAAAUCCAAGUGUAUACGUGUAAAAACUCUAUACUGUACCAUAUCUUCUUUUUAAUAAAAAUGCUCUAUUUAAAAAAAAACAUUAUAUUUUAACUUUAAAAAACAUAGUUAACAUAUAUUUUUUUUGGUAAAACAUAGUUAACAUAUAUGCCAAUAUAUAGAUUCACAACUCGAGUUUGACAUGUUUACAACACGUGAACAGAUAUGAACAAAAUUCCACUUGAUAUGUUAAAGGUCUUGCAUAAUUUCUGUAAAGCAUGAUUUUCACAACAAAAAAAAAUUACAAUGAAAAGACAUAAGGAAGCAUGAAUUUUAAUUUUUGGUCAAAAAGUAUAAAUUUAAUUUUGUAACUCAUUAUCUAUGAUAAUUAUCUAAUACAAAAAGUCAAAGUUCUUUUAUUUUUUCGCAUUUUAUUCUUGUACAUUGAAGAUUAUGUUCUACAUGAUAUAAAUAACAUAAGCAAGUUGGUCCUUUUGUGUUUGGCGUAUAAAGGAAUAAGGUGAAUUCUUAUUGGCUAUUCCCAUUAUUCGCAUUUAAUUCCCACCUGUAAAUUCAUUAACCUUUACGUAGCAAACAAAACAAUAUCAACCCUCUCCGUUAGUAACGCUAAAUAUAGUCUAUGCAAAGCCAGAGUCUUCAUGGCAUGAUGACUGGACUGGUCUUGUUUUGUAUUAAUAUCUAUACGUUCAUUUAAUCAUUUUUUGGUUUUUGUUUUGUGCACUACGUUCAUUUAAUCUAAAAAGUGUGUGUUUGUCGCCAUUUGGUGGAUGCCUUGCACUCUUGCAGUGCCGGUCUUGUGAGGCAAACUUCGAAAAAAAAAACAUCUAUGAUCAACACUGACGGACAUAAUUUUCAACUUUAUAUAUAUUCAAAUGAUACUAAUUAAAGUUAUGAGUUUAUAAUUAUUGUGGUUUCAGGGACAAGAGAUUAAUAUGGAUAAUACAAGACUCACAAGUUCAAUUCGGGUUUUAAAAGAAAUUCUAGACAUAUUUACCAAGUGAAACAAUCUCAUAUGUUUACUCAUGUAAGUUUUGAUUAUCUUUUACUCAAUGUUUCAAAUAAUGAUAAUUCCAAAACAGCAAACAAGAAAAGGUCUAGUAAACAUUGUAUUGACCCAUAAAAAAUUACCUUAGGUUAUGCAUAAGUACAAUUGUACAAAUAGCAGCACGUUGUCACAAAGAAAAAUGGAGACCAAAUGGUGCAAUAUAAGAUGACUUUUACAAGUUAAACACCAUCAAUCUGGUUAUCUAAUCAAACUUUUCAAAUAAAAUAAAAGAUGCAAGUUGAAUUAUUUAUCCAUAGUACUAAUAAAAAAGAUUAAAUGUAAAAUUCAGAACAGAGAGAUUGGACCACAAUAAAUUAGUAAUAAUGAUAUGUUAUUAAUUAUUAUAGAUUAAAGAAAUUCCAUUUUUAGCCCGCGGACUUUUGAAUACCAAUGUCAAGGCUGCACGAAACCAAACUGGAAAAUCAGACAUUGAAACAGAAGACUCUUGUCUCUUUGUUUUUCUUCUAUAUAUACACACGGUAAUAUCAAAGUCUAAAGAGAUUUAAUUACAAAGAUUGAGAUUUACUUCAGAAAUGGCGGUGGAGGACGAUGUAUCUUCGAUGAGAACGACGACGUUAGUAGCUCCAACAAGACCCACGAUCACAGUUCCUCAGAGACCACCGGCGAUUGAAACGGCUGCGUAUCUAUUUGGCGGUGGAGAUGGGCUUAGUCUGAGCCCAGGGCCACUUUCUUUUGUCUCGUCUUUGUUCGUUGAUAGCUUCCCUGACGUUCUGACGCCGGAUAAUCAAAGGACAACAUCGUUUUCUCAGCUUCUCGCCGGAGCUAUCUCGGUGUCUCCAGGCGGAGGCGGAGGACGUUCGAUGGCAGGGAUGUUCGCCGGAGGAAGUACGAUGUUUACAAUUCCUUCUGGCCUUAGCCCUUCUAGUCUUCUUACCUCUCCCAUGUUCUUUCCUCCUCAGUCACCAGGUCAGACCAGCCUUGUCCAACCGCAACGACCAGACUCAUUUCCUAACCAGAUGCCACCAUCAACAUCCACGGCCGUGCAUGGUCGUCAAUAUUUUGAAGUUUCGCAAGCUGAUCAUAGGGCUAGAAACCAUUAUAAUAAUCCGGGGAAUAACAACAAUAAUAACCGGUCGUAUAACGUGGUGAACGUUGAUAAACCGGCGGAUGACGGUUAUAACUGGAGGAAGUACGGCCAAAAGCCGAUCAAAGGGUGUGAAUAUCCGAGGAGUUAUUACAAAUGCACACAUGUUAAUUGUCCGGUUAAGAAGAAGGUUGAACGGUCAUCAGAUGGGCAGAUCACUCAGAUAAUUUACAAAGGUCAGCAUGACCAUGAGAAGCCUCAAAACCGUCGUGGUGGUGCUGGUGGUGGCAGAAAUUCUGGUGAGAUUGGUGAUAUUCAUUACAUUGGUGGUUCAGGACAGAUGAUGGAAUCUAGUGAUGAUAGUGGUUAUGGUAAGGAUCAUGAUAAUGAUACUGAUGAUGACGAUCUUCCGGCUUCGAAGAUAAGAAAAACUGACGGUGGUGUGUCCACAACUCACCGGUCGGUGACCGAGCCGAAGAUCGUCGUUCAGACAAGAAGUGAAGUCGACCUUCUCGACGAUGGUUAUAGGUGGCGCAAGUAUGGACAAAAAGUUGUCAAAGGAAAUCCACAUCCAAGGAGCUAUUAUAAAUGUACAACGGCGAAUUGUACGGUCCGUAAACAUGUAGAGAGAGCUUCAACGGAUGUGAAGGCUGUCAUUACAACUUACGAAGGUAAACAUAACCACGACGUCCCUGCUCCUAGAAACGGCACUGCUGCAUCAUCCUCAGCCACGGCGGGAACGUCCGACCAUCACCGUAUGACAUCAAUGUCGGGGCAUAUGCAACAACAUAUGAGUUUCGCUAACACCAAUAAUACAGGCCAAUCUCCGGUUCUUUUGAGAUUGAAAGAAGAAAACAAAUAACUACUAAUUGACUUUUAAACAGAGGAUUUCGAGAUUGAUUUAGCCGCUCGGUACUACUUAUUGACUUGUAACAUGUGUGAUGUGACUUGAGUGCAUGCUUGAGUAAAGAAAUGAAAAUCAAAACCUCUAAUAAGUUUUUGUUUCUUUUUCUCUUGAAUUGUGAGUUUUUCUUUGUAUUUAAUCAUUGAUUGAGGAUAUGAAACAUAUAUGUAAAUUACAAAAA